AUGGCCUUCCGUUUUGUGCCUCGCGUGCUCAACCAGACCCGUGGCUAUGCCUCGCAGGCUGCUGUUCGUCCCCCGGUUCAGCUGGAGGGUAUUGCUGGCAAGUACGCCUCGGCGGCCUAUGUCUCGGCUCUGAAGCGAAGUGACAAGGACCUUGCCAAGGUUGAGUCCGACCUGAAGUACUUUAACGAUAUUCUCAAGGGCCAGUCGGCGGAGGCGGCCAAGCUUCGUACGUUCUUGAACAACCCGACACUCUCGGGUGAGGCUCGCAGCAAGGCUGUGAGCGACAUCCUUGGCAUGCAGAAGGGCGGCUCAGAUGCGCUUACGCGCAACCUGUUUGAGGCCCUGGCUGAGAACGGCCGUCUGAACCUCUCGGAGAAGGUGAUUGAGGGUUUCCUGCAGCUCACUAGCGCUCACCGCGGUGAGGUGAUUAUCACUAUCACGAGCGCUAAGCCGCUCGACAAGUCGAUUACGUCGCGUCUCGAGUCGACUCUGAAGUCGUCGCAGUUUGCCACCACCAACGGUGCCAAGAGCGUCAAGUUCGACUACAAGGUGAACGCUUCGCUCCAGGGUGGUCUUUCUGUGGACCUCGGCGACCGCUCGGUGGACCUGAGCGUCGCGAACCGCGUGAACAAGCUGAACGCUCUUCUCCGUGGUAUGUAUACGCUCUCUCGAUUGGUACUGACACCCUUUAGAAUCGGAGCCAAAGAAGCAUGGGUCACAGGCCAAACUGGUAGCUCUGUGAUGCAGAUCAACUUGGUCUGUACCACGGCGCUUGCUUCCUAUGCGCUAUGGCUUUGGCUACCUCGCAAGGCCCAGUCGUCGUUGAUAUGGGAAUAUGUGGUGCUGGUCGUGCCUCUGACGUUGGCUUGUACUAUUCUUGCCGAGUCUGUAUACCUGCUGCUUGGGAGUAUGCUGCUUGUAACAUUGGGACUCUGGGCGUCCCGCGAUGCAAAUGCAUCUGGAGCAAGCAGUGCCACAACUACGGGGAGACCACGAUGGGCUUUCUUGACUGUGUACCGUGCCUAUCUUCUGAUCUUGACCAUCUAUUGUAUUCUUGCUGUGGACUUUCCCAUCUUCCCUCGUAUUUUUGCCAAAUGUGAGACCUUUGGUACUAGUUUGAUGGACUUGGGUGUAGGGUCGUUCGUAUUUUCCCAAGGGACUGUGUCACUACGCAAACAUACCACUUCGUUUUGGACGACACUAAAACGAUGCGCGCCUAUGCUUCUUCUAGGGUUGACUCGCGUAGCCCUUGUCAAAGGAACAGAAUACCCUGAGCAUGUGACGGAAUACGGCGUACACUGGAAUUUUUUCAUCACCAUGGGCUUGCUGUUGCCUGUGACGGACUACGUACAGUUGAUGUGCCCCCAGUGGCACUGGGGGGUGGUUGGUAUUGUUAUAUCGCUGCUGCAUGAAUAUGCCUUGCGUGGCACUUCGCUUGGCGCAUGGGCCAUCUCAGAACAUCGUGAUCAUAGCAACUGGCUUUCGCUCAACAAGGAAGGUAUCACAAGCUUGCCAGGCUAUUGUGCUCUUGCUUUUCUUGGAUUGGAUAUGGCGUCCAUCCUUUUUCAUGACACGUCACUAUGGGCCAAGCAGAAGCGCAUGCUACUUCGUUCUGUGCUUGCUUGGAGCUUAUUUUCUUUCUUGUCUCUGUCAUCAUGGGAUGUGAGUCGACGUAUGGCCAACCUGAUGUAUGUGCUAUGGUGCACAGCUUUCAAUGCUACUUUUCUGUGCGGAUUUGCUAGUCUGUCUGCAUGGCUAGGUGCUGAUCAUCCGCCGCCGCGAUUGUUGACGCAAGUGAACCGUCAUGGGCUUCUAUUGUUCUUGCUGGCAAAUAUCGCUACUGGACUUGUCAACUUAUCCAUGCAGACCAUGUAUGCCUCUACAUGGUCCUCGCUUCUGAUUUUGCAUGUAUAUAUGGCGUGCGUCUGUGCGUGGAGUCCUACGCUACUAGGCACACCUCGCCGUUUGUAG